AUGCAAUAUCUAGGGUCUGACCCACGACAAGGGACGGCGCCGUCUCUUAUUACACACAACGAAAUUCUUCGACUUGUGUCAUUGUACUAUCUUUCUCAGUCAUUCGUCUCUUCUGUUUAUAUAUACUACCAGAAUCCCAACGGCUUUACAACGAAGUAUACAAAGGCAAAGACAGAUGCACCUCUGUUGUAUAGCGACUUUCAGUAUAAUGUGUUCUUCUGGCCAAAAGCACUAGUUGAAACAGUCGGAAAUCUUGUUGAUUACUCAUGUAAGGAAUCUUGA